CCAGACGCCCUACCUCGCCAUGGACGUGGGCCGCAAGAGGGCCGUGCCGGAGGGCACCAACGGUGGCGCCGCCACCAAGCGCGCGAAAGCAGAAUCCGAGACGGGUGUAGGGAGCAAAUCGAAGCCGUGCACCAAAUUUUUCAGCACUGCUGGUUGUCCCUUUGGUUCGAAUUGCCAUUUUCUCCAUAACUUCCCUGGAGGUCACCAGGCUGUUUCAAAGAUGACCAACUUGGGUGGUCCAGCUGUUGCAGCUCCUGCAGGAAGAAUGCCUAUGGGACCUGGUGGUCCUGAUGGGCCACCUACAUCUGGCGUGAAGACUCGCAUCUGUAACAAGUUCAACACUGCAGAAGGUUGUAAAUGGGGGAACAAGUGUCACUUUGCUCAUGGAGAGAGGGAGCUUGGAAAGCCCAUGAUAUUGAACAACUCAAUGGCACCUCCAAUGGGACCAAGACCCAACGGGCACUUUCAGCCUCCACCGAUGCCUGCCCCGGACAUGGUUCCUCUCUCAACAUUUGGUGCCUCAGCCACAACCAAGAUCAGUGUUGAUGCAUCCCUUGCUGGCGCCAUUAUUGGCAAGGGUGGAGUCAACACGAAGCAUAUAUCCCGAAUGACUGGGGCCAAGCUAGCUAUCCGGGAUAACGAGGCUGACCCCAACCUUAAAAACAUUGAACUUGAGGGAACGUUUGAUCAGAUCAAACAUGCCAGUGGGAUGGUGACGGAGCUAAUUGUCCGCAUUGGUGGCAACGCCCCUCCUCCAGCAAAGAACCCAGUGAGGGGAUCUCAUGCUGGGGGUGGUGGUGGAAACAACUUCAAGACCAAGCUGUGUGACAACUUCAACAAAGGCUCUUGCACGUUUGGAGACAGGUGCCACUUCGCCCAUGGUGAGAGUGAACUGCGUAAAUCCGCUGCGGCUUGAGAUAUGCUUUUCAUGGCUUGUCAUGGUUAGUAGUGACCAGCAAGUUUGAACUCCAGAUCUGAGGCCGUUAACCCAUGGUGACAUUGAGUUGCACAAGCCUAUUGUUGAUUGGGAGAUACUGUCAUGGCUUGGUAUGAUCAGAUUGCUGUAACUCUAAAAUAGAUAUCUGAGUUCGACUUGCUUUCGAGAUUUAUAGGCUUUAGUGUACUGCUGUCUUUUCCCCUCUGCUCUGCAUCCAAGUUUUGUACUGUUUCUAAGGCACUCUAUUAUUGCAAGAUUAGUCAUUCUAUUUCAGAAAUCUAUUGAAAGUUAAGCCGAAA